AUGAACGGUACUCUGCCAGAGAAAAAUUAUUACACCGAUUCUUACGAUGCCAAAUGGAGCUGGCCAUUUUACAAGUUCAACACGCGAAACUGCCCUAUCCAAGACCCCUACGCCUUUCUACUCGAUGUGCGCUUGUGCGCGAACGAAUCGAACAAUGUAGAUGAUUUCUACGCCAGGCUAGCAGCGCAGAAAGCCAAGCGAGUGUUUGAGCUGGAAGAAAUCUGGGACAACGUGACGGACUUGAUGGUAUUCGACGAGAAGGGCCUUCUUUCGGAUCGGAUAUGGACGUGCAAGCAGUGCAAUAAUUCGGGCAUCAGUGAUGUCAUUACCCCAUGCGAGCCCAUGUCGACCAACGAUACGCCCGAACUCCAUUCCAAGUUUUUUUUCAAUAUGAUCCAGACAAUGUCGUUCGACAGUAUGGUUAGGUUUUUCGACGGGUUUGUGCGAGAAGCACGCAAGGAGCGCGACGAGUAUUACCGCGAGAAAAGGGCCAGAAUGCAGCGGGGCCGGGAGGAGGGCGCCCGGCGACGCGCUGCAAAACAGAAUUAA